AAAGAAGCUAAAAAAAUUCUUUUUACAAUUGAAAGAACAAAAAAAAAUUAAAUUGAAACAUUACAUUCGUAUAUACCAAUUAAUGGUUAAACUGAUCGGUUAUCUUUUUAAUUGCGAUCGGUCUAUGUCUCCGAGUUAUGAGUACAAAAUUACACUUCUACCCUUUUUAAUUUUGGUCAACGCGCGGCAAGUCAUUUAGGCAGAGAGUUUUUCGUCACCGGCAUAGUGAAACCCUAAACCCUAAAAUCAGUUGACGAAUGAUGGAGGGAGUAGAGAAGUUUUUCAGCAAGAUGGUGAUAGAUGCGAAAUCAGCAGCUUCUUCUUCCUCCUCUUCUCUUUCUGAUUUCGCAGAAAAUCUAAUCCAAGAGAAACGAAUCGGCGGCAGCGGCGGCGGAAACUCGACUACAUACGAAAGUUCCGGAAUUUUGGUCAAUAGACCUCCCAGUGGAGUAUCGGCAUGGACGUGUUCAAAGCUGUGUGCUGUUUUCUUUGUCGCUGGAGUGUUUGUGGGUUACACGCUUAAGAGACGUGUCCGAAGCUGGGCUUCUAAAUUGCUCAGAAAAAUCAGAGAUGAUUAAACUCAAAAUAGAGCCACAUCUUGGUACAAAGGGCAUUACCCUCUUCUCCUUGUUGAAUGUGUUUUUAGUAACGGUUUAAAGUGUGCUCAAGGCACUUUGUUGUUUAAUAUUCUCGUCCUCUAGUCACAAUUUGUGGUAAUAGAAGGCACUCGCUUACAUAUUUUUUGUGUGAAGUAACAAAAUAAAAGUUUAACGUGAGUUAACUAUUGCUGCAGCACAUUAAACUUUCACAGAGCCCUCUGAAACUGUUCUUUCAGUGAAACAACCUAAAACACAGUAGCUAUAAACUUUCGC